CCACCUCAACUAACAGAUGCACAAAAGGCAUCUCGAAAGAUCAAGAGGGACCAGAGGACUGAGAGAACGAAGCACUUACAUAACGCAGUCGCUGAAUACCUGGACGAACAGAAAACAAAGAUUGAAGCACUCUCUCGGGCUCACCACGUUACACCCAAGCAAAUCAACGACAUCAUCGGCAGUCAGACACAUUAUCGCACCACACGUAAGAGUCAAUUGAUCCACGCACUUAUUCAUGCCAAGGCAAAAGAGGUCAAUGCAGACCUACCCGCAGGCUCUCGAUACUCAAUGGCCGAACUGCGCGAGAUGGUUGUGACUGACCCCGACACAGAAAACCUGACACGGGAACAAAAGGAGGCUUACAUUGCAGCUCUUGGGGAGCAUCGCGAAAGAAAAGUCGUCGGUGUUCGGGCUCAUAAUCUGGCAGCUGCGCGAGAUGUUGUAGCCACGACGGAUAGGAUCGUCAAAGAGCUAGAUGAUCUACGAGUUCGGACAGGUGUCUAUGGAACGCUCUUUGUCGUCCGCGGUCACAUCAACGACACCAUUCAAAGCGCGAUGCACGGCACGGAUAAUUCUGAAGAUUUUUGGGAGGAUGUGUAUGAGCAUCCCAUGGCUGACUUUCUUAGGCAAUAUGAACAAUGGGCGUGCACCCAGAAUCAAAAUCUCAAUGAACGUGACUCUUUGGGAGCUGUAAGAAAGCAAGUAUGCAAGAUGAUCCUCCGGGGCCUAGUUGCCGUGACAGGCAAAAAAGAUAUCGCGAUGAAUUACAGUAACUACGAAACAUCUGUCGUCGAAACAUACGGAGUGCGGCUUGUGGGCUGGCCCCAUGGUGUCAAGUUCGUUAACCCUUCGAAUAUUGGGACCGUCGGUGAUAUUCGCAAGCUCCGGGAUGCUCUCAAGACACGUACAUGCUACUGGGCUGCUUUAUCACCAGCAGAGGUCAAGACUCAUGCGUCCGAGCUUGAUACACGCCGUUCAGCCGGGGAAGCCGUUCGGAAGCCCCGAAAAAAACGUUCAGAUGCUGGAGUCCCUCGGAAGCGUAAAGGUGGGCCUAGCGCAGGACGGGCAAACAAAGAGAAUCAUAGGCCAUCGAAGAGAGGGAAGAAGAACCCUGCCCAGCCGCAGGAAUGUCCCAAAAGCGCUGAAUUUGUGGAGUCUUCUGACGAAGAAGGGGAGGCUGAUGAGGAGUAGUGUAGCUUAGUUUACACGUUCAUAUGACUGAUUUACGUAUCGCAAUCAUCAGUUUUGCUUUGUUCGUCGAAA